AUGCGCUUCAUCCGCGCCUUCACGUCCAGCCCGUUCGGUUUCACCCUAUACCACUACCACCUCAAGCAGUCGUCAAAGGGUUACGUCGACCACGCAAUCUACCGCGACCCGACCGACCUCCCCGUAUUCCUGCGCACCAAGGCCGACGUGUUCAAGUGCAUCAACACGUACACUCUUUCUGACGGGUACGACGCGUCGGACAUCCAGUACCCACUUCUCGUCAUCCGCUCGUACAUCGACCUCAAGGAGGACCGCGGCGACUCGGCCAAGGUCACGGAGGAGAAGCUGCGCGCUCUCGAGCUCCUGAUGCCCCACCACGUCGACGCCUUUGCGUCGUUCCGCAAGGAGAAGGCGUGGCCCCCGUCGCCCGUGCUUCCGAUGGACUGGCACUGGAUCAAGUUUACACGCACGUCCUGGGGCCCUAGCGGCGAUGAGCCCUGGGUGCCCGACCGCCAGGCGCGCCGCAACGCCUGGUACGAGGUCAAGGACGACGGCGGCGACGAGGACGAGGACUACGCCGACGAGGACGCCGUCGACAACGCCCUCUCGACCACUUCGCUCAUGAGUGUGUCGUCGUGA